CCCACUCCCAUCUCCCAUCGCCUCCGCUCGUCAGCACUAGUCAACAUGGCCACUCUGCAACAUCACAGGCAGCUUCUUAUGCACGGCACGGAGGUGAGCUGCGACUCAGCCAGGGGUGAUGGCGCCAUCACGGUGCGGAUUGCCAAUAAUUCCACCCGGAUGCAGCAGCAACAGCAUCAUGAACCACUUCGGGUUGCAAAGAGUGAAGGAGGAGUGGGAGGAGGCGGUGGAGGAGGAGGGGGUGCCAGUAAAGUGAAACCUGCCCUCCACAAGUACAGCAUCUCCUCCAGCUGCAGCUCAGCAGACUCCAGACCCGUCAUAACUUACACUUCCCAUGUGCAGAAGAAGGCCCCUCCGCUGUUUGAACGCUCCGCCGCCCAGUGCUGGGACCCCAAGUUUGACUCCUCCGUCCUGGAGGAUGCCUGCCAGGAAAGGUGUUUUCCACAGAAGCAGAGGCGAUUCCGCUAUGUCCUCUUCUACCUGGCAGUGGCUUCCCUACUCUGGGGGGUGUACUUUGGGGUGAACAGUGACCGCUGUCAUCCUGUGACCUUCCUCGCCCCCACUGCCUCCUUUCUGGCCUUGCUGGUGCUUUUGUUUUUGUUCACCUUCACCAAGCCCUACAUGUGGCUGUACAACCAGACCUCCCUGCUGCUAAUAGUCCUUACAUUUGCCAUCACUUUGGCUUCACAGAUGCAAACUGCUACCUAUGACUGGGCUGCCAAAGCGAACGCAUCGUACACCUCUCUGAACAAAGAGAUUCCGCCUCGGAUGUCCUGCAUCUCCCCCGUUGGCACCUUUUCCCUCUGCAUCGAGGUCCUGCUAUUGGUAUACAGCGUCCUCCAUGUCCGUCUGUAUGCCUCAGUGAUGCUGGGCCUCCUGUAUUCUGUCUUAUUUGAAGCGUUAGGAUGGCUGCCAUUGCUUCAGAGGAAUUAUGAAGCCACUGGACAGGUGUCAAGUUUGCAAAACACGCUCCUCUGGCUUGGCCCGGGCAAGGGUCUACUCCACCUGUGCGCGCACGUCAUUGGCAUUCAUCUUUUUGUCAUGUCCGAGGUGAGAUCCCGCAGCACCUUUCUUAAAGUGGGCCAAGCCAUAAUGCAUGGCAAAGACUUGGAGGUGGAGAAGGCCUUGAAGGAAAGGAUGAUCCACUCGGUCAUGCCGAGACGAGUUGCAGACGAGCUGAUGAAGCAAGGCGACGAUGAGGGUGGCGGUGAGAAUUCGGGAAAGAGGUAUUCCUCCGGCGCCUGCUCUGCCUCGGCUGUGGCAGUGGGCAGCGGCGGGAGCGGAGGAGCUCUACAAAGCCAAAGUGUUAUAAGUUCAAAGAAUAACCCUCAUAGCAAUCACAGACGUAAAAAGACCUCGAUACCCCGAGGACAGAUAAUAUUCAGGCCCUUUAACAUGACACGCAUGGAGCCUGUCAGCAUCCUCUUUGCCGACAUUGUGGGCUUCACAAAAAUGUCUGCCAACAAGAAGGCGCCGGCCCUGGUGGGCCUCCUCAAUGACCUGUUUGGUCGUUUUGACAGACUCUGUGAAUUGACCUGCUGCGAGAAGAUCAGCACGCUAGGAGACUGCUACUACUGCGUGGCAGGGUGUCCCGAUCCCAGACCGGACCACGCAUACUGCUGUGUCGAGAUGGGACUGGGCAUGAUCCAGGCCAUCGAGCAGUUCUGCCAGGAGACGUGCGAGACGGUCAACAUGCGGGUUGGCGUCCACACGGGCACCGUGCUGUGCGGGAUCCUGGGUAUGAAGAGGUUCAAGUUUGACGUGUGGUCGAACGACGUCAAUCUGGCGAACUUGAUGGAGCAGCUGGGCAUGGCGGGGAAGGUUCAUCUGUCCGAAGCUACUGCCCAGUUCCUGGACGACCGCUACCAGAGGGAGGACGGGCAGGUGGCCGAGAGAGCAGGGCAGAGUGCAAUUGAGAAACUGAAAGGAAUGAAGACGUACCUCAUCUCAGGAAGGAAGCCAGACCAUGAUGUGCAGUGUGGCUGCUCUCAGGUGGGGCUGCCUGGUGGGGAGUUCGUGGGGGUCAACGUGCCCUCCUGCCCUCAGCCUCGUACCCCGGACCUCAUCCACGGAGCAGCACAGGCUGCCGAGUCCCUUCUGCCUCACAAGCCGUCGGACAGAACUGUGGCUCCCUGUGUUUUCCAUGGCACCGUGCGCUCGUCCGUGGCAGAGCAGGGCGAUGAUGUGGCUGUUGUGAACGGCUGCCAGGAGGAACACAAGGCCAGCGGCGCCAAGUUCCUGCCAGGCCACAGCCCGAAAGCGGUCAACGGUCUCCUGAGCCCCCCGCUGGAGGACGCCGUGCGUGCCAGCCAGAGCUCCCUGUGCGACAUCCUCCAGGAGAAAGAGAAGAAGACCAGCACCAGCACGGGGACCGGCACAAGCCUCGGCAUGGCGGCGGCGGUGGCGGCGGCAGGCACGGGCAUGGACCACUCUGCCCUCAUCCAGCUGCGUGCCAAGAACUUCAAACGGAAGAGCGAUGCCCACUUCGUGGAUGUUAUCAAGGAGGAAAGUCUGAUGGAGGACUACUUUUUCAAGCCGCCCAUCAACAAGCUCAGUUUGAACUUUCUGGAGAGGCCUCUGGAGAAGGCGUAUCGCAGCAGCUACAAAGAAGAGGUGAAGAACCAGGUUCCUGUGCAGACGUUUGCCAGCCCCACUUUUAGUUCCUUCCUGGACGUUCUCCUCAGCUGCUUCGUCUUCCUGGCCUUGACCGUGGCCUGCUUCCUUCCGUCUGUGGUGGAGCCGGCCACGGCGGGCCCCCCGGCGCUCGCUGCCCUGAUCCUGGCUCCUCUGGCCGGGUUGUUGGAGCUGGCCUCGCUGGUGUUCUCCAUACGCAUGACCUUCCACCUGGAGGAGCUGAGGAGAUGUACUCGCUCCCUGGCCUUGCUGGUGUCCGGCUGGGUCUCUCGUCAUCUGAUUGGCGCGGUGUUGGUCUCCCUUCCCGCCGUCUCCGUCUUGUCCCACGUCAGCGCCCGCCUUCCCCUCCAGGUGACCAUGUUCCUGUGCUGCGCCGCCAUCUUGGCCAUAAUCCAGUACUGUAACUUCUGUCAGCUGAGUUUUUGGAUGAGGUCCGUCUUCGCCACCAUCACCGGACUCGCUCUGCUGCUGAUGCUGUACAGUCCUGUUCACAGCUCAAGUAAUAACACCGUGCCGGUUCAUGGAAACAGGCUGAACGACUCCGCCUCCAGCGAGUUGACCCCAGACACGUCGAGGCUCUCCGACUCCCUGGUCACGGAGGCCAUCCUGGCCUUCUUCCUGCUUCUCCUUCUGGUCUGGUUCCUCAAUCGUGAGUCCGAAGUCAGCUACCGCCUUCAUUACCACGGCAACGUGGAGGCUGACAAGCACCGCUCCAAAAUCCAGACGAUGCGAGACCAGGCUGAGUGGCUGCUGGGCAACAUCAUCCCCAUCCAUGUGGCCGACCAGCUCAAGGAGACCCAGAGCUACUCCAAGAACCACAACAGCGUGGGGGUGAUCUUCGCCAGCAUCGCCAACUUCAGCGAGUUCUACGAAGAGAGCUACGAGGGCGGGAAGGAGUGCUACCGCGUCCUGAACGAGCUGAUCGGAGACUUCGACGAGCUCCUCCGCAAGCCCGAGUUCAGGAGCGUGGAGAAAAUCAAGACCAUCGGCUCCACCUACAUGGCGGCGUCGGGGCUCAACGUCCAGCAGACGGGGGACGACGAAGACGAGUCGCCCCACGCGCACCUGAGGGCGCUUUUCGAUUUUGCCCUGGAAAUGAUGGGCGUCCUGGACGACUUCAACAAGAACAUGCUGGGGUUUGGUUUCAAGCUGCGCAUCGGGUUCAACCACGGGCCCCUGACAGCGGGGGUGAUCGGCACCACCAAGCUGCUCUACGACAUCUGGGGGGACACGGUCAACAUAGCCAGCCGGAUGGACUCGACCGGCGUGGAGUGUCGGGUGCAGGUGAGCGAGGAGAGCCACACCGUGCUCAGCGCCAUGGGCUUGGAGUUCGACUACAGGGGGACGGUCAAUGUCAAGGGCAAAGGCCAAAUGAGGACUUUUCUCUACCCGAAAAGCGGGGAGAGCUUUUGCCAGGACCAAACGGAGCAGGCAGCCGGAGUUGGACCGACGAUAUUAACUUCCAGUAAGACUUCCUCCUCUCUUCCCAAUCAGUCCUCUCCGCCCCGAAGCACUGUAAGGGCUGCAGGAGCAAAAUCCGAGCCCGACCCGGCGACGAGCGUAGAAGAGAGGGAUGAAGGAUACAGGGACUUAGCACACAACCCUGAGGAGUCCCGCGACAGACACUUCAGCAGCCUUGCACGCUCCGAGCUAGGCCCAGCUGCGCAGACGGAUCCCACUCCUCUCACGCUUCAGGAGGAGGAAGAGGCGAACGAGCUGACGAAGCUCAACGAGGAGUUUUACGCUCGUCUCUGAUCGUAGAUCCCGCCAUUCUUCCAUCAUCUUCUUGUCCCCCGCUUCCACCUCUUUAGGACCGAUUACAGAUGCCGGCAAGGACGUCUCUUCCUUUCCUCCUUUGGCACAGAGGAAGCAGCGGACUGUUUUAACGCACACUGCGGCUUCGGCGGCUUGAAAUUGGGGCCGGGAGGGCUGCCGCCACCGCCGCCGAUCUUCUAUGGGAGCGUUGCCCGAGCGGCUCUAACCGUGGAUUUUGGAGCUGUGCUGAGCACAGCGGCUUGUCGCGAUGAAAAAGCAUGAAGAAGGAGGAAAAAGGAACACUUUUAAGGUGUUAUGUCUUUUCUUAAUAUUUUUAUUAAGUGCCUUCAGGACUAGAACAGUGAACGAACAAAUAUGAAAAGUGAACAAGAGUUGAACAACCCAGACUACAGAACGUGCUGUAGUCUCUUAUUUCAUCCUUUAUUUUUUAAUGCAAGUAUUGUUUUUCUUCUUUUUUUAUUUUUAUUUUUUAUAAAUCAUUACCUUUGUGCCAUAUCAAUCGCUAAGGGAAAAUCAUUUUAGUUUUUAUGUGAGUGCCAACGCUGUGUUAUGGGCUUAGUGGGAAAUUAGGGGAAAAUUGAGGGAAUUACACAAAGCAGUGUUAAUAUUACAUAUACUGCUUUGACAUAAGGGCCUAAAUACAGUACUCAUUUAUGCCCAGAGAUUCACUUAUAAGAUGAUAUGCUGCAAAAGCAGGCUGCUUCGAUGAUUUAAAAAAAAAUUUUUUUUAGCUUGUGUAGCAACUUGACGAACAUUUUAAGCACAGUUCUUGCACAGUGUUUUUGUUUUAUUUUUACCACUUGUAUUUAGCAGUUUGUACAGCUUGAUUGCUUCUUAAGAGACGUUGGGGAAAGAUCUUACAGUAAAAAAAAAAAAAACUAAAGAAGCACAAAAGCUUAGACACAUAAGGGAAAAUAGAUCUGAACAAGAUGUGUUUCUGAAGCAGGGACACCAUCGGAGAACAGGAAGGCACUUUAAACACCCACAGUGCCUUGCAAAAGUAUUCAUGCAUCUUGAGCUUUUUUUUUUUGUUGUUGUUGUUGCAUUUUUGUCAUUUUCCAGUUUCCUCAAUGUAUAUAAUUGGGAUUUUAUGCAAUAGAUCAAUACGAAUUAGUGUAAAAUCAGUACAAAUAUCGUUGAGAAUGAUUGAAUGAAAUCUGAAAAGUGUGGCAGUCAUUUGUUGUCAGCCCUCCCAAGUUAACCCCUCGUAGAACCAACUUUUUGGUGCAAGUUCCUUUACACGUCUAGAGACUUAAGUAUUCUUCUUUCCAAAAACGACACAGGCUCAGUCCCACUGAGAGCUUUAGUGAAAAGAAAAGGCAAUUCUAAGCUCUUGCGCUGAUUCCAAGUCAAAUUUUCACUUUAUUUAGGUCAUUAAGACAUGAGCAAGCUUUGGCCCAAAUCGUUCCUGUGUACCUCUGGCUCAGUUUCACGCUGAAAGGUGAACCUUCAGUCUUUGUGAAUUCCUAACAAGUUUUUCUUCCAAGAUUUGGAGCUGCUUACUCCAUCCUGAAGAAAAACAUCCCCACAUUUUAUUUUUUAUUUCAGCCUUGAGGCAUUCUGAAUAUAGACCAAAACGUUCAGAUUUGAGUGUCCUUGGUGAAAACGUGAAUUGCAUCGGAUUAGUUGUGUUGAAUCGUUUUUUUUUUAUAUAUAUAUAAUUUAGUAAGCGAUUAAUCAUUAAAUGGAGAAUAGAGAUUCAAAAAAAAGAAAAAGAAAACAACAUAGUCAAAGCAGUAAUUAAGCCAAAACUGUACAAAAGAUAUAUACAUUUUAUACUUAUGAGUUUAAAAAAAAACUUUAUCAGUAAAUAUAUUUUACCCAGAAUUUCUCAAGUGACAAAGUGUUAGCUUUAUUCUGCUCAAAUCUCGUAAAAUAAAUAAAUAAAUAAAUAAAAUCUCGUAUUAAGUGGAUUUUUCUGUCCAAUUAUUGAUUGGUUAAUCCGAAAAAAACAAUCAACAGUCUAACCCUACAACAUAUUGAUUAAGUUAGGCUGAGCUUUUUCACAUGUUGAUGUUAGAAGUAUUUUAUUUAGCUUUGCUACAAAUGAUCAGUCACUAACAGAAUGCUAUCUUGUUGCAUUUAAGGCAAUAAAAUGUUUAUUUUCUUAUUUUAAAAAAGGAAUUAAAUUAUUUAUCUGUAUUUUUAAUGUAUUUCCAAUAUUGUUUGAAGUAAGCGUAAAUAGUUAAAUAAAAACUCUGCAGAAUUUGCCCAUUCUCUGUCUGAUUAAACAUCAGGAUAAAUGAUAAAAUAAUCAAUUACCAAAAUAAUUGGUUAGCUGCAGGCCUAUCCUCAUCUUACUAGGAUGAAUGGAUGCACACACCUCUUUAAUUCUCCACCAAUCUGUGCUGGUCUGUCACAUGAAAUCCCUCGCUUCGCUUCAGCACAUUGAGGUUUCUGCUUGUAACAUGACAACAUGUGAAAAAGCUCGAUGACUAUGAGGAUACUUCUGGAAUGUGCUGUCAAGUGGAACCAUGAUCUGCUUUUUGAGGAUGCAGUAUACUCUCUUCCCCUCCUGGAUUGAGAACGUGAAGGAGCAAAUUCAAAACCAAAGGUUUUUUUUAGUUUGCUUCACCUGGAAGCUUGUCUACAAGUGAGAUGGGAGUUUAGAAAUCAAAUCAACUUUGGGGUGUUGUGUACCUUUAAUCGGGAACGUGAGGAACAAUCGCAGUCCACACGCGCCUGUUCUGUGUCCAGACACAGCUCAUCUACAGUUCACUGUGUGUUAAACCUCUGAGUCAAACUGUGUGACGCUCCAUUGGUCACCUUUACUGCUUGAAACAAAGGAACAACAACAAAAAAAAAAAAACUGAAAUAAAAUGAAUAUAAUUUCCCUACUGUGGGACAACAAAGGAUACUUCUAUUCUGUUGAGUUAGCUGAAUUUGAGUUUCGCACUACAGUUUGCUGUUGAAGUGUUGGGACAUUUCACGGCUUCUUCCCCGGGGAAGGAGCCCUCUACUGUAUCGAUAUUGUGCCACUUUAAUGGAGUGAUCUGUAAGUGAAGUGCAACAACACCUAGUUGAUUGUUUUGUGGUGCCUAAACUUAUGGCUGUUUUUUCUUUGUUUUUGUUUUUUCCUUUUUCAGUAUUUUAGUACACUUUUUGUUUUUGUUUUUUAAAUAAUACAUUUUUCAUAAGGACGAUUUGAUUAUGAUUGUAUGUUUUAAGAAAAUGGAGCUCCCACAACGUUUGCUGCAGGUUGGAGUUGACAGAUUUCACGCGGUUGAAAUCCAACGGGGUUUCGCAUCGAAUCACUGCCGCAGUUUGCUCUUUUGCCCUUUCACUUCCCCCUCAUGUUCGGUUUCUUCUCCUCAAACCACAUGUCUCUCUCUUGUUGUGUGUGUGUGUGUGUGUGUGUGUGUGUACUGUGAGACAUCUAACUUUUACCUAAAGUAAAUAAGAGAAAAGAUGCAAAAGGAAAUCCUUGAGAUUAGGCAAUCUUCAGUGUUUCAUUUCUUUGCUGCUGCUGCCUCCUCGUUUGUACAGGAAUUACAUUAUUUACAUUUCUCUGUUAGAGCCGGGCUGGGAGAGGGAGGGGGAGGGAAGAGCAUGUGUUGUCAUUGCAGAAAAAAUGUAAAAGGGAAAAAGACCUUCUCUAUUCUCAGUACCUGUCAGGAGUAUUUAUAUCGCCUAGACGUUUUCACAUCGCGUCUCAUUACAACCACAGACUUGAGUGUACUUUAUCGGGGACUGCAUGGGAACAAUUUUCAAGUCUUUCCACAGAUUCUUUGUUGGAUUCAGGUCUGGACUUUGACUGGGCCAUCCUAGCACAUGAUUGUGCUUUGAUAUAAGCCAUUCCAUCAUAGCUCUGGUUAUUAGUUUUAGGGCUUCUUGUCCAGCUGGAAGAUGAACCGUCACCCUGGUCUUAAGUGUUUUUGUCUAACGCUGCUUUUAACUUCUCCGCAACAUUUUCCCUCAACCCGUCUACUGUGCUUCUUGGUCAAUUUGUGGCUGUUUCCUCACUAAUGUUCUCUCUCUAGCAGCUGGAUUUCUACUGAGAUUAGAUAGAUUCUUAUUUUAUUAGUGGGUUACUUCUGAAUGCAAUAGAGUAAGGUGCAGUAUGUAACUUUUUUGAACAAUAUGUUUAUGUAUUUAUUUUUUUACCCAUUUACCAUAUUUGUUUAAAUUGAGACCAAGUAGUGUUGUCACUCAAGUGCUUGUACACGCUGCUAAAUGUGCAUGCAUUUAGCACCAUUGCAGGAAAAUAGUUUAUUUUCCGUCACUGGUGGCCGUGCUGACUAGCCUGAGCAUUCACAGCAGGCUUCGGUGUGGAGGAAUGUAACAGAGAGCAAGAGGGGGAGGGUUUGAACUGUGCAUACACAAGCAUGAUUGACAGCGCAAAGACCUUCCUCCUGACUCUGAUUGGUUGUUUCUGCAGAUGACAAUCGGACCACAAGCAGGAGGCAGUGGAGUUUGAUUUUUUUUAUUAUUUUUUUUCACAUAUUAUUCAACUCAUUUUAUACUGUCAAAACGUAGCGACAGUUUUAAUAAUUAUGUGUAAGACAUAUUGUUUUAAAAGUUACACACUGCAACUUUAAAGACUUAUCUAAAAACAAAAGAAAAUAAAGCCACAUAUCAUUUUCUGCCCACUUCACAGUUAUGUGCUACGUUGUAUAAAGUCCAGAUAAAGUACAUCAAAGCGUGUGGUUGUAAUGUGGCAAAAUUAAAAAAAAGUUCAAAGGCUGUGAAUACUUCCGCGAGCCUCCAUAUCCAUCUGCCUCAUCUGUAGCAUAGAAAGACGUUUGGUUACCUCUGCCACUGGGCAUCCCGCGCAUACACAAUCAGUGCCUUUUUUUUUUUUUUUUUCUUAAAUUGUUGUGUGUGUGAAGUGUGGUUAUAGUGUCAAAUGAUUUAACCCUAAUUGCAUUAAUACCAUGAGAAUCCAAAGAAGCAUCUUCAGCAGACGUCACAGUAGCUAGAGACAAAAAUAGUUAUGUGAGACUUCAGUCAUAAGCUCUCAAAAUGUUUUUUUUUUUUGUACACUUGUGAUUCAUAUUCCCAGAUCGCUCGCUUUUGAUGAGCCACAGCACAAAAAAAAUAAAUAAAUAAAUAAAGUUGGAGAAAAUACUAGGUCUUUUGUGAAGGAAGGUUUCACACACAUUUUCUUGACGACCUUUACGCCUUAUGUUGUUAAGUAAUCCUGUGUGAGUUUUAGGCCAUGGCAGCACAACAUACAAAGAAAAAAAAGAAGAAAAAAAGAGAUUUCACAAGUUGACAAGUGCACCACCUUUCCAGUAGCACACAUCUGUAUACAGCCACAAAUAAAACAUUACAUUGAAAA